AUGGAGCUGAGCAGAGGCAUUGUCUCUCCCCCGCUCCGGUCGGUUUACUCCUGCCACGGACGCUGCGGUCCUCCCUCCGGAGCGUUCUCACCGCCGCCGUCGUCUUCUACCGUGGAAGUGCGCCGGCGCUGCAUCAGCAGGGCGCUGCUGCCGCGGCAGCAGGAGUGGGUGGAAGGCUGGGUCCGGCGCAACGACACGCUCGUCCGCGGCCUGCCCAUCCUCGUCGGCGGAUCUUCCCUCGUUGCUGUUCUCCUCAACCGCGCCGUCUCAGGAAUUGCCGCCGUCGCCGACGCCUCCAGUUCGCAGUCGAGGGCUGACAUAUUGACCCUUGCUCUCUCCGUGACUGAUAUUCUUGCCGGCCUCGUUUGGUUAUCCAUCCGUCCGAAAUCCAUUUCUCCGGUGGUUCCUAAAGGUGUCGAAUGUAAACGAGUUGGUCCGGGCGUGUCAAGUUAUGCUCUCCAUGAACUACUUUGGACAUGGGAUUCGCUCACUACUGCAACUUGUUGCAAAUCACUGGUUAUUGUGUAUGGAGGUAAUUGUGUUCUUCAAAUCGGGGUUGCUGCGGGAUCUCCAGAAGAUGGUAAUGCACUUAAUGUGGAUGCACAAAAGUUCAUCCAAGGCUCUCUUUACAAAAGUGUCAUGGAAUCCAAGAAGCAAUCUUAUCUGGCAAAUCUUGCUUUGUAUCCUGGGAGGUCUGAAUUGCCGUUCUUGCCUGCUAACACACAGGACUACCCUGGAUGCUGCUAUAGCCUAGAACGCCAUGGGCAGAAGCUCGUCGACCUCCUGAGCAAAGUCAUCAAGGAAGGCGUCAUCCUGGAAGAGAACCUUGAAGGCCUCGUGCUUAGACUUGGACAGUGGAUUGGCGAACAUGGACUCGUACUUCUGGAAAGCCGUGGUGUCAACAUCUUGCGCUGUGUUUGCAAGUCCCAACCUGGCCAUCAGCACAUUUUGAGCCUGCAGGGUUGGGUUGGCAGCCUUAGACUUAGCUGCCAAGCGACGACUCCGCCUAGGAGAACCAGCACUUGGUAUGACCCAAGGAACCCUGAGCGUUGGCCUUGCUCGGAUCAAUGGGGUUUGGAGAGGCAAACAGACACGGUCCUUCAGAGAGCGGCGGAUGUCCGCGACUGCUACGGUGACAUCAGCCACCUUUCCCUGCGGAUCGGUGGAGGCCACCUAUCCAGGGCCUUUGCCCGGCACAACCACAUCAGCCACAGUACUCUGCGAGUCAUCAGCAGCUUUGCCUGCACAUCUUCUUGGCGGGGUGCUGAAGACUCCGAGCUGCAGCGGUAA